AUGUCCUCCACGUAUCGCUCUCUCUCAAACUCGCAAUAUAAUGUUGGAUGGAUUUACCCUAUAAGCCACGAGUGCGCGUGCGAAUGCGCCGACGGCGAAACGACGCCUGAGCCGGAUGUGAGAGCUGCUGAAACACCGUCUACGGCAACCCCUUUGAAUCAAACUUCCGCCCCAAUCGAUCCUAAUGAAGAAGAAAGGCUUCGCGGCGGUGUAGAGGUUGACGAGGACGGCGACAGCACCGGUUCAGAUUCGGACUACCAAUCCUUCUCCGAGUCUGAAGACGAACAGGACGAUCAGACCACUCCCCAACCCUCAAUACACGACGACGAGCGACUGGCCCGUGAGCUUCAACGACAGAUGUUGAUGGAAGCCGCUGGACUGGUGGUGAAACGCGAAGAAGGCCGCCGCCCUCCACCACCGCGCCCUGUUCGCCGACGUGCUGCAGCGCAUGUUACGACGCCCAAGAAACAUCGUCCGGCUCCUGCUGUACCAGAAUCAAGUCGUAGGCAACGGAGGAGAGCGGCCGACGACGACAAAGAUCUGCCUGAGGUGCCGGCCGACGAGGAGCCGGAGCCCGCUCCCACGAUACGUCUCGAUGAUGCGUUUGAACGCUACGAGGCGUUCAAGUCGCAAGCUGCUGAGAGUAACAAUAACCGCUUCUCGGUCGCCAGCUUCGACAGCGCGAGCUUCGUGAACGUCUCUCCGCCCAUCGCUGAGAGCGCCAGUACAAGUUCGAAUGCGGCACCCUCGAGCCCGUCGUCCUCGAUCUUCCGCAUUCCAGCGCAUGCGCAUAGGGAGAGCGGAGGCGGCCUACUCUCGCAUUUCUUGGGUAGAAGCAAGACUCCUAUUGAGGAGGCACGCUCGCGGCCUGUCAUCUCUGGCCCGAUUUCAGGACCUGUGCAGCAAGGCACCGUGGAGGAGGCAGGUGGCACCACACCAACUCUUGAGCGCGCGGAUAGUACCAACGGCGGUCAACCAAGCGGCUUUGGCUCGUCGUGGUCAAGCCUAGUAGACAAGGCUGCUCUUGAGGGUUUACCAGAGCGCGAGCGCAAGAGACAGGAGGCGAUCUUCGAGUUUAUCGCCACAGAAGCCGCCUACGUCCGGGAUCUACAGCUCAUCGUAGAGGUCUUCUAUGGUAGCAUGCUGAACAUCCUCGACCAGAAAGCUAUCGCUGUCAUCUUUGCCAAUGUGGAAGAUAUCCUUCUAACGAACACUACGUUCUUGAGCGCUUUGGAAGAACGGCAACGCGAUUGCCGCCUGUAUAUUGACCGCAUCGGCGAUCUUCUCGAUCACAAUAUGGGGAAUAUGAAGAUAUACAGGGAAUACUGUGUCAACCAAGCGAAUGCUGCAAGAGUACUGCAGUCGCUUCGGAAGGAGAAUGCCGAGCUUGCUGCCCAUCUUCAGGCACUGCAGACCGAGAACCCAGCCGUCCGAAAUCUCGACUUGUCUAGCUAUCUCCUAGUCCCCAUGCAACGUGUCACCCGAUACCCUCUUUUGAUCAAGCAGAUACUGCAUUAUACCGAGACGGAUGAGGACAGCAAGCUUACUGAGCACGCUCUACGCACUUCCGAGAAGAUCCUGGGCCGUAUAAACGAAGAGAUCCGUGCGCAAGAGGGCAAGGAUCGCUUGCGCGAACUAUCUCAGGACCUCUGGAUUGGUAAUGGGAGACUUGACCUUACUGCGCCGACGCGUCAGUUCGGCGAACGCAAGCUGCUCAAGGAAGGUAUACUUGCAAAGGCCAAGAGCGGACGUCGUCUGCGUGCCGUCUUGUGCAAUGACAUCUUCAUCCUCACCGAUGAGCAAGCAAAGACCCUAUACCGCAUCCCUAUGCACCUCUCCGAGAUACAAGUUGGAGACACAUCCGGCCGAGACGAGACGUCCUUCCGCGUCUCGAAGGCAUAUCCGCGAGGGGGUGAUGCUAUCGUUCUUCGCGCCAGCUCUGCUCGUGAGUGUCAAGCAUGGCUGGCCGAGAUCGAAGCUGCGGCGCAACGCUGCCGCGACGCCGAGCGGCAGCAAGCAGCAAAGAAGGCCAAACCCGUCCAGUCAUGGCAACCUGCGCCUUCCGUCCCACAGAUUCAAGCGCCCUGGUAA